AUGGUGUACGGUUUAAUACACAGGCAGAUAAGUGAAAAGGUUCCACGGGACAAAGUACAAUCGUUCCAAGAACUUUUAACACAAGCACGUCUAGCUGAAGAAACUUUUGAAUCGCCUGAUGUUAGUAAAAUCACGGGUACUGAAUUCAAGGGACAAAAGCGUUGCGUGUACUGCAAAAAUGCCAGUCAUGUCAAAGAAGAGUGCCGUAAACUUAAGAAGGCCUUUGAACUUGGUAAUUCUCCACAAAAUGUCACAAGAAAUACAGUUCAUCAGACCCAGGCAAAUGUACAAGUUCAAAACGCUACAGCCCAAGAAAUAAGUUCCCCUGUGUCUUGCUAUGGAUGUGGUACUCCUGGGUUUAUACGCAGUAACUGCCCUAACUCUUCAACUAAGUAUGGUUCUUCCCUAGGUUCUUCUUAA